CUAGAUGACAAUCAAGGACCACUAAUUGACCGCCAGGUUUACGUUAUCAGUGGAUUCGCGUGAAGACGCCGCCGUAUAAACGGCCACUGAUUGCAGGCCACGUCCUCAGUGCAACUCGCCCUUCAACAUGCGGGCUGUGCUGGUGUUCUCCGUCGUCGUCGCCGCCCUGAUGGGCGCGGCCUCCGCCGAUAUGAUCGACCCCGAGAUCGUGGGUGGAGACGAGGCCUCCCCGGGGCAGUUCCCCUGGCAGGCGGGCCUGAGGGUCAACGUGCUCAAGGACGGCGUGGCGAAGGCCGCCUUCUGCGGGGCAUCCCUCAUCGCCGAGGACUGGGUGGUGACCGCCGCCCACUGCGCCGACCCCCCGAUGAUGCAGGUGGUCAACUUCACCGUCACCCUGGGCGCGCACGAGAUCAACAACCCCGAUGAGGGCCACGUCACCAUCGACGUCGACAUGGACAAGGUCUUCGUCAACCCGAAGUGGGGCGGCAUCCUCUCCGGAAGCCUGGCCGGCGACAUCGCCCUCAUGAAGCUCAAGACGAAGGCUCCGCUCAGCGACAAGAUCCGCAUCAUCCGCCUGCCCCGCGAGGAGCAGAAGAAGGACAGCUUCUGGCGCAAGACGGUCACCAUCUCCGGCUGGGGACAGGAGCACACCGGCGACAAGGCCAUCUCGCCGGUCCUCCGGUACACCUCCAACAAGAUCGUGAGCAACUUCUACUGCAAGUUCCGUUUCUUCUUCAUGAUCGUCGGUGACGGCAACAUCUGCAUGUCCGGAUGGGGCUGGAAGGGGGCCUGCCACGGCGACUCCGGCGGCCCCAUGGUCAUCUACGAGGACGACGGCCCCACCCUCGUCGGCGUCACCUCCUUCGGCUUCGGCCUGGCCUGCAACUGGGGAUGGCCGUCCGCCUACACCAGGGUCACCACGUACCUCGACUGGGUCCAGGACACCAUCAAGAACAACUAAAUGCCUCAUCAGCCUGUCUGAUGAGAGGCGGGAGGGUUGCCGACGCACAGUAUCGCGCGGGUAGCCCGUUCUGGAGGCGGGAGGGGGCCCUAACCCCCUUCCUUCCCCCUACUCGAGCAAAUAAACAUUUUUGUCAAAUUACAA